AUGGAUCUUCGCUUGCCACUGUCACUCGGUUGCUUCUUUUCUUCUUUCUUUUCUUCGUCAUUAGCCUGCCAUACUUUGCUUCUUUCUCUUUUUUUUCUUUCUCUUAAGCUUUUAUUAAUGCUAUCUUUUAUUUUAAUCUCUUUCCUCGCCUCUUUCUUCAAUUCUUUUUUGAAAAUUCCGACGUAUGCCUAUUUACUAUUUACCUUUCGCUUUCUUUCUUUCUUUCUUUCUUUCUUUCUUUCUUUCUUUCUUUCUUUCUUUCCUCUUCUUUUCCUAUAUAUUUCUUUCUUUGCGAAUAUUUUUUCUUUCUCUUUCUUUCUUUCUUUCUUUCUUCCUUUUCUUUUCAUUUGCAUUUGUUUCGUUAAUUUUAUCUUAAUUUUCCCUCCUUGUCCUUUUCAUUUUUUUUUUAAAUGCCAUUUUUUUUUCUCUCCUAUUCUUUAUUUCUUUAGGUUAAUUUCCCCUCUUUGUCUUAUUCUCACUUUUUCGAAUGUAAUUCUUUAUUUUUUCUUCUUCUCCUUUCUUUCUUUCUUUCUUUCUUUCUUUCUUUCUUUCUUUCUUUCUUUCUUUCCUCGUUUCUUUUCUUUAUAUUUAUUCCCUUUCCUUUCUUUCUUUAAUUUUAUUUUAAUUUUCCAUCUGUCUAAUUCACUCUUCUUCCAAUGCACUUCCCUCAAUUCCUCUCUUUCUCUCGCUUAUAUUUUUACGUUUCUUUUCCUUCUAUGCCUCUAUACAUUGAGUAAAUCUUUUUUUGUUUUUCUACACUUCUACAACUUUGUUCUCUCCUUUUUCUUCCCUGUCUCUCUUUCUCCUUUCUUUCUUUCUUUCUUUCUUUCUUUCUUUUUUCUUUCUUUCUUUCUUUCUUUCACUUGGUUUAAUCUAUUCUCAUCUACGCCCAUCCUGCUCUUUCCAUCUCCUUCCAUUUCCUGUACACUCUCCUCCAACCCUUUCUUCUGGUAUGUUUUUCUCCUACUAGUACUCUUUGCUUUCUCUUCCGCUUCCCUUUUUCUUAUCCUGUUUCGACGGUUACGAUUCCCCUUCUCUUCUCCCCCUAGCACCUUAGUGUUUCUCUUAUUCUCUUUUUUCUUCCCACCCCGUCAUCCUUAA